CUGCAGUGACUCAAGUAUCCCUCGUGUCCCCGCUGCGCCCUCCCUCUGGCGUCCCGGCUGCGCCCUGAGCAAUCUGUGAGGAGUGGAGGGCUGGGACGGGGAGGGAGGGGGUGAGGGAAUCCAGAAGAAGAAGAAGAAGAAACACCCACCACCUCAAGGGCUCUUGUCUGGACGACUGACCGGAACGCACCCGAAAUAGUGGGAGACCCAACGAGAGAGACAAGGAGAGAGAGAGAGAGAUAAAGAAAGAAAACGUUUCACGGACAUAAACGACAGAAGGAUCGUAUCAAGGCAGGAGAGAGUGAGAUUUGGGGACGCAGGACGCUUUGCAUUGAUGAUUUAAGAGGAUGAGGGCUCUGAGGUUCGCUGUGCUGCUGCUCACGGCCUUCAUAGUACCAGGCCAGGGCCAGAACCUGGAGCUGGAGCAGAAUCUAGUGCCGUCCCCCAGGAGGUUACGGUUUAAAGUCAUCAACUCAAACAAGCUCCACAUCUUGUGGAAGGAGCCAAAGGGAGCCUUCGACAAAUACAAAUUCCUAUACAACUAUUUACCAGGUGGCCAUCCGAGAGAGAUUGAUGUCCCCAAAUCGGAGAGCAAGGUGAUCAUAACGGAUUACAACCCGGCCAAGGACUACAUCGUCCACGUCAUCGCUGUCAAAGGCAGCCAGCAGAGCAAGCCACUGCAGGGCACACAUAAAGCUGAGCAGACAGACAGUGAUAAGGGGGGAGAGACCCAGCCCCAGAGGCUGAGGGAGACCGACGCCCCACCUGAUGAGGCCAAUGAGAUCUCUGGAGUGGACCCGUUCGUUUGCCACACGGAGGCGGUCGCUGACAUCGUCAUCCUGGUGGACGGCUCGUGGAGCAUCGGCAGGAUCAACUUCCGGCUGGUGCGCCUGUUCCUGGAGAACCUGGUCAACGCCUUCGACAUCGGCAUCGACAAGACGCGCAUCGGUCUGGCUCAGUACAGCGGGGACCCCAGGAUAGAGUGGCAUCUGAACGCCUACACCACCAAAGACACCGUGAUCGACGCCGUGAAGAAUCUGCCCUACAAGGGAGGCAACACACUUACCGGCCUGGCGCUGACCUACAUUCUGGAGAACAGCUUCAAGCCCGAGUCAGGAUCCAGACCCGGCGUCCCGAAGAUCGGCAUCCUGAUCACGGAUGGAAAGUCCCAGGACGACGUGGUACCCCCUGCGGAGAGCCUGCGAGACGCCGGCGUGGAGCUGUUUGCUGUCGGUGUGAAGAACGCAGACGAGAACGAGCUGCAGUCCAUCGCCUCGGAGCCGGAUGAGGGACACGUGUACAACGUGGCCGACUUCAGCAUCAUGAGCUCCAUCGUGGAAGGGCUCACCAAGAUCGUGUGUGAGCAGGUGCAGCACCAGGACAAGGAGAUCAAGACCAAACUCCCUCUAGAGCCGAUAGAGCAGCCAGAGACCGGCGCUCCCUCGGACUUCCUGGCAUCCGAGGUCACGGCCAACAGCUUCCGGGUCACGUGGAGCCCCGCCCCCGGGAGGGUGGAGAAAUACCGAGUGGUGUACUACCCGGCUCAAGGAGGGAGACCGGACGAGCUGGUGGUGACGGUGGUGGAGAGCUCCGUGCUGCUGGAGCACCUGAGCUCCCAGACGCUCUACGAAGUGGCCGUGUUCGCUGUCUACGCCACCGCCGCCAGCGAGGCCCUGAGGGGGUCCGCAGACACCCUUGUCCUAGCGACGGGUAGCAGGCUGGAGCUGUUGGACAUGAGCCCAAGUGCGAUGCGGGCGGCGCUAUCGGCAGUGGCGGGGGCCAGCGGCUACAUGCUGCUGUACGCUCCCCUCACCGGGGAGGGGGACGCUGAGGAGAAGGAGCUCAAGGUAUCAGAGGCCAUCACAGAGCUUGAGCUGGAGGGUCUGAUCCCGGACACGGAGUACUCUGUGACGGUGAACGCCCUGUACGGGGAAGAGGCCAGCGACCCGUGCCACUCAGCCCCGCCCAGCAAUCUGCAGUUCUCUGAAAUUACCUACAAUUCCGCUCGCAUCAACUGGAGCCCCCCGGGGGUGAAGGGGUCCCGCAUCUCUUGGGUCAAGAAGGCAGACGGACUGGUCGAGAGAGAGGUUUGUGUUGGCCCUGUGAGCUCCUACGACAUCGGGUACCUGACCUCUCUCAUGGAGUACUCUGCUCGCCGUGUCGCCCUGUACGACGAGGGCCAAUCGGAAGUCCCUCACGAUGGCUUCACGACCAUUCCGGUCCCCGGGCCCCUGGGCCCUGAGGCCAGUGACGUGUCAGAGGACAGCAUGCGGGUCAGCUGGGACCACUCAGCCAAUGACGUGGUUCUCUACAAGCUAUCCUGGGCUCUCCGUUUACGAGGGGGCUACGCUAAGGAGGUGAUUUUGAGCGGUUCGGUUGACAGCUAUGCCCUGACCGGUCUCCGCCCCUCCACGGAGUACGAAGCGAUGCUAACGGCCGUGUUCAAAGACAAGUCCGAGAGCGACGCUGUGGCUGUCAUGGCAACCACACUGGCCAGGACAACAACAAUUGCUCCGACUACCGCAGCACCCCGCCACGCGCCAAGGAACCUUCAGGUGGGGGAGAGGACCACCCACAGCCUGGAGGCCUCCUGGGAGCUGGAGGACCCCCUGGUGGAGGGCUACAGGGUGUCCUACGCAUCCCCCGAGCGCGCCCACUCCCCGGAGGUGGUCUUCCUUCCAGCUGGGUCCAGCAGUGUGCUGCUCCAGCCUCUGGUCCCUGACACCUGGUACAAGGUGACCCUCACCCCGCUGUACGCUGACGGCCACGACGGCGUCAGCGCCGCCAGAGCAGGAGCCACGCUACCGCUCUCAUCGCCUAGCAACCUGCGCGUUUCAGAGGAGUGGUACAACCGCUUCAGACUCACCUGGGACCCACCCACCUCCCCCCCAACAGGCUACCGGGUAGUCUACCAGCCCAUGACUGCCCCAGCCCCGGCUCUGGACACGGUGGUCGGAGCGAACGUCAACUCCGUGGUGGUCCCCAACCUGCAGAGCGGGACAGAGUACUCCGUCCAAGUGAGCGCGUCCUUCCCCACGACCCACAGCGAGCCCGUCCUAGGCACCGCCAAGACCUUAUUCCUGGGGGUGUCUGGCCUGUCCACGUACCAGGUCCGUCCCAACAGCAUGUGUGUCCAAUGGCAGCCUCUGUCCCAUGUCACCAUGUACAGAGCAUCUAUUCAGUCCACGCUCAAUCGCCAGAGGCAGGAAGUGAGUCUUGGGGGCGGGGCUUCUCGCCAGUGCUUCCACGACCUCACCCCCAGCAGCCAAUACGAGAUCAGCGUUCACACCCGGAUACGAGAGCUGGAGGGGCCGGCCGUCUCCGUCACCGAUAUGACGAUGCCAGCUCCGACUGAGGCUCCGACUCCACCCCCAACUACUGAGGCCCCUCCCACCAUCCCCCCUGCUAAGGAGUGUUGUAAGGAGGCGAAGGCGGACCUGGUGUUCCUGGUGGAUGGCUCCUGGUCCAUCGGCGAUGAAAACUUCCUGAAGAUCACCCGCUUCCUGUACAGCACCAUGGGCUCCCUAGACAUCGUCGGGCCUGACGGGACUCAGGUGGCCAUUGCCCAGUUCAGUGACGACGCACGCACCGAGUUCCAGCUGAGUUCCCAUGGUAACAAGGAGGCGCUGCUGGAGGCCAUCCAGAGGAUUAGAUACAAGGGAGGAAACACCAAGACAGGCCGCGCCAUCAAGCACGUCAAGGAGUCCAUCUUCACCCCGGACGGAGGUGCGAGGCGGGGGGUCCCCAAGGUGCUGGUGGUCCUGACCGAUGGCCGUUCCCAGGACGACGUCAACACCGUCUCCAAGGAGAUGCAGGUGGAAGGUUACAUCAUCUUUGCCAUCGGCUUUGCGGACGCAGACUACGGGGAGCUGGUGAACAUCGCCAGCAAGCCCAGCGACAGACACGUCUUCUUCGUGGAUGACCUGGACGCUGUGAAGAAGAUCGAGGAGCAGCUCAUCACUUUUGUCUGCGAGGCCGCCACAGCCACUUGUCCUUCGGUUCUGAUGAGUGGAAACACCAUGGCAGGUUUCCGCAUGAUGGAGAAGUUCGGCCUGGUGGAGAAGGAGUACGGCGCCGUACCGGGCGUGUCUCUGGAGCCCGGCUCCUUCAACAGCUUCCCCUGCUACCGACUGCACAGGGACGCCCUGGUGUCCCAGCCCACCAAGUAUCUCCAUCCAGAGGGCUUGCCAUCUGAUUACACCAUCUCAAUGAUUCUUCGCCUGCUCCCUGAGACGCCCCAGGAGCCCUUUGCAUUGUGGGAAAUCCUCAACAAGGAGAAGGAGCCGUUGGUGGGACUCAUUCUGGACAAUUCUGAGAAGACCCUGACCUUCUUCAACUAUGACUACAAAGGAGACUUCCAGACGGUCACUUUUGAAGGACCUGAAAUCAGGAAGCUCUUCCAUGGCAGCUUCCACAAGCUCCACGUGACGGUGGGCAAGACGUCGGCGCGGGUGGUGCUGGAUUGCUCCGUGGUGGGGGAGAAAGCCAUCAGCGCGUCGGGGAACAUCACCAUCGAUGGCCUGGAGGUUCUAGGGAGGAUGGUGCGGUUGCGUGGCACGCGAGAGAACUCUGCUCCGUUCCAGCUCCAGAUGUUUGACAUCAUGUGCAGCACGUCGUGGGCUAACCGAGACAAAUGCUGUGAGCUUCCAGCAUUGAGGGUCGAAGAGCAGUGUCCCUCCAUGCCCCAUGCCUGCACAUGCUCACAGGACAGCAAAGGACCUCCCGGACCCUCCGGGCCACCAGGCGGUCCAGGGAUCCGGGGGUCCAGAGGAGACAGAGGAGAGCCGGGAGGCAUGGGACUCCAAGGACCAGUGGGUGAAGGGGGCCCCCCAGGCCCCCAAGGCCCCCCCGGCUCCCAAGGCCUCACUGGACGCUCCAUUCAAGGGGCCCCGGGACUUCGCGGGGAAAAGGGGGAGAGGGGAGGAAUCGGACCACCUGGAACAAUGGGCGUUCCGGGCGGGGCCGGCUCACCAGGACGCGACGGCCCACCUGGAGGAAGGGGUCUUCCCGGUAAAGACGGACCCCAGGGCCACCAGGGGCCAACCGGGACUCUAGGGGUCCCCGGAGCCACAGGGCCCCCAGGACCAGGGGGGUCUGCUGGAUCACAAGGAGACCAGGGGGUUCCGGGUCCUGCUGGUACCAAAGGCGACAAGGGAGAGAGAGGUGAUGUGCAGUCCCAGGCUGUGGUGCGCUCCAUCGCGCGCCAAGUGUGUGAGCAGCUCAUCCAGAGUCACCUGUCUCGCUACAACUCCAUCCUCAACCAGAUCCCCAGCCAGCCGGCGGCGGCCGUGCGCACCGUGGCGGGCCCCCCCGGGGAGCCGGGGCGCAGGGGCCUGCCGGGGCCCCAGGGGGACCAGGGGCCCUCGGGCCGGCCGGGCUUCCCCGGGACCAACGGGCAGAACGGGCUCGCGGGGGAGAGAGGACUCUCGGGGGAGAAGGGAGAGCGGGGGAGUCACGGCAUCGGAUCUCAGGGACCCCGAGGACCCCCUGGAGCCCCAGGCUUACCAGGCGAGGGCCGGACGGGCAGCCAGGGACCCCCUGGCAGGCCGGGUAGCCAGGGCACCCCGGGGAGACAGGGCUCGCCUGGGUCCGGUGGACCACCGGGGUCUGCGGGGUACUGUGAUCAGAACUCCUGCAUGGGGUACAACGUUGGCGUCCAAGCGCUACCGCACGGCGGCUACAACCCGGGGGCCGUGGCCUACAACGGCGGGCGGCGAGGAGCCGAGGAAGAAGAGGACGACGACGACGACGACGAGGAAGACGAGGACGAGGAGCAAGAUCCAUAUCAGCACGGCUACCCGCCCCAGUACUACCCCGGGUACGACCCCCGGGGGUACCGGCCCAGGCCCCGCUCAGAGGACGUGGAGCUGAGGUCGCCCGGGGUCGCGCAACGCUUUGCCCGCCACGCCCGCGGAACGGGGGAGGAGGUGGGCGGCGGCGACGUCGUCGUCACGGAGGAGAGCGAGGAGGGGGGCGGCGCGUAGCAACGAGACCGGAAGCCUGGACGCGUCGGACACACACCGCAAGUGCUUGAGGCCGGGUGGACCAUGACCACACACGAGCUACCUACACUCUGAGCCCGCGGGACACGUGUUGUACACGGAUACUAGCACGCGCACAUACACACAAACACACACACACACACACAGGUGAGACUGCUUCCUACAGACUCCGCAACAUCAGAAAAAACUGUGGAUGGCAGUGGCAUUCUCCACCACGAUAGACAGUUGUCUUGUUAACUCUUGUACGGUGUCUCUGUUGAACUCGGAAAAGUGCCUGAUUUAUGUUUGUACCGUUGAGUGUAAAGAUGGGAAGACUCUGCGUUCACCUUGGGGUCGGUUCACUUUGUGACGAAGCCCUUUUUAAAGAAGGAAUUUGCAUGUCACCUUUGAGGAAAACUUGUUGAGCGUUCGUUCUGUUUUGUUUUUGUCACGGAUUCAAUUUGAACAUUUGGAUCCUAACAGAAUUUAAAUUGGUACAUGUUGUGUUUUGUGAGUUUAUUUCCCCCCACUACAAAGCCUUUUCCAUUCUAUUAAGUAAACUUUAUUUUUUUCAGAUUUUAGUUUAUUAAAAAGGUUUUAUUCCACCCAUCUUUAGAACGAAGGAGCUUCAUAUGACUUUACUGAAGCAAUGUUCCAGAGUUGUCAGGACUAUUCUUUUGUUGUCCUUUAAUAUUUCACUCCAAACAUAGAUUGCAACUAUUCAACCGCAAUUUAUUCUUAAAGAUCUGAUACAAGUGAAAGCGUCUGGUUUGGCCUCGUUUCUCUAUUUUGGUGUUCCUGUGGGCCUGUUCACUGUGGAAGCUGCUUGCUCAUUGGUCAGCACUAUAUUCAAUUUUGACCUAUUGAAACCAGAGCUUUUUUUUUUAUACAUUGAGAUUUUUUUGGUGGCAGCAAAUGAUUUUGUUGGAAGUUUCAAAUAUUUUUUAGCAUAGUAAUAAGUCCAUUUAUCCUGCAACAGGGCCAGAUACAAAUCAGGCACCCAAAGUGACUACAGCCAAUCUGUACACAUGAACACAUCUUUCUAGAACUGAAAACGCUGGGCCUAAGAACAGUUAAGGAAUCUGUUCUUGCAACAAAUAUGAAUUGGCAAAGUGGAGUAUUUUAUUUAUUAUUUUUUUUAUAACCAAAUAAAAUCUGUUAUGACGUUGA